GCUCUUCCUCUUCCUCUUCCAGUUUCGCGCGCGGUUCUCUCAGCAGGCGUUUGUCCUUUGCGCUGUUACUGCCCAUCCUCUUCCUUCCAUCAACGCGCGCUCGUUGUUACUUGUAGCACUUCUGUCACACGGCGCUUCUCUAUAUCACAUCCCUACGCUCGAACGACGACCACGAUCAGUCUUUAGCGAGCUUCACGUGCGACUGCGAACUUCACGAGCCUCCGGCACAGCCUUCCUUCCUCUCGCUCUCACGAGUCACGGCCGGCACCAGCAUAUUUAUCACUGAGCCCAUUGUCUUUCGAGCAGUCCGAGUCCAAUUUGGUUACGUAAGCACACACGCGACAUACCUCACCUCGAACGACCAUACUUUUGCGAGUCCUCGGCGCACAUCUCCACAACCAUCACGAUGAGCUUCCCGACUUUCGAAGGUGGCGCGCAGGCCCCACAGCAGGGCGGUGAAGAGCAAGGUGGAUUCGGUGGAGCGCCCGGCGCAAACCAGCAGCCCUCGCCAAUGGGUCAGCAGCAGAUGGAUCCUUCGCAGCAGCAAGGCCAGUUCCAGGGUGGUCCGCAGGGUGCGCCACCUGGUCCGGGAGGUCCUCAGCCAGGCGGCGACCAGAAGACAACCCUCUGGAUGGGUGAGCUUGAGCCAUGGAUCGACGAGAACUUCGUGCGCAGCGUGUGGUUCGGCAUGGGAUACCAAGUCAACGUCAAGAUGAUCCGCGACAAAUUCUCUGGAAGCAAUGCCGGAUACUGCUUCGUUGAUUUUGAAAACCCCGACCAAGCUACUCGCGCCUUGCAACUCAAUGGCCAAGUCAUCCCCAACUCCAACCGCCAGUUCAAGCUCAACUGGGCUUCCGGUGGCGGUCUGGCCGAUCGCAGCCGUGACGACCGCGGUCCCGAAUUCUCCAUCUUUGUCGGCGAUCUCGGCCCUGAGGUCAACGAGUACGUCCUCAUGUCGCUCUUCCAGGGCAAAUACACUUCCUGCAAGUCGGCCAAGAUCAUGUCGGAUCCCAUCAGCGGUAUGUCUCGCGGAUACGGAUUUGUGCGUUUCGCCGAUGAGCAGGACCAGCAGAAGGCUCUCCACGAGAUGCAGGGUGUGUACUGCGGCAACCGUCCCAUGCGCAUCUCCACUGCCACUCCCAAGAACAAGUCCGGAGCCGGCGGUCCAGGCGGCAUGCCAGGCAUGGGCCCACCAGGUGGGCCCGGCGGCAACCCUAACAUGGGCAUGUACUCAAUGGGCGCACCUCCUAUGGGCUACUACGGCGCUCCUCAGCCGAUGAACCAAUUCACCGACCCGAACAAUACCACUGUCUUCGUCGGCGGGCUUUCGGGAUACGUCACUGAGGACGAGCUCCGUUCCUUCUUCCAGGGCUUCGGCGAGAUCACCUACGUCAAGAUCCCACCCGGCAAGGGCUGCGGCUUCGUCCAGUUCGUUCAGCGUCACGCCGCCGAAAUGGCCAUCAACCAGAUGCAGGGAUACCCGAUCGGCAACUCGCGCGUUCGUCUCAGCUGGGGUCGUUCGCAGAACAACUCUGGCCCUGCCGGCACUCCUUACCGUCCUGCUCCUCCUCCACCGGUCUACCCGUCCAUGGGCAUGCCACCUCAGCACCCUUACGGCAACUUCGCUCCGAUGAAGGUAGGUUAUUAUCCAAAGAUCUGGCUUCCGAUGAUGAAAGCUGACGAGUCACGCAGUAAACGACUUUUUCGUCCUUAUGCAUGA